GCAAGCUAGUUCACCGUGGUGAGCUGUGAAUGGUGAAGAAACGCAUUUCAUUCAGUGGCAAGCUUUGAAGUCAUCCACCUCUACAGUACAAGUACAGAUGAACUCAAAAAAAGCAAAGCGGCUGGAGUCAAAGAAGAAAAAAGCUGCUGCUUUUCUUGAACUAGUGGGACACAAAAGAACACAUGACGAUUCACAGGUCUCUGGUGUCGAGAAAUUAGAUGAACAGAACAUGGAUUCUUCUACAAAAAAUGAAAGUUCACAUACCAAUGAAAGUCAAGGGGAGGAUGUUCUUCAAGAGAUGAAAAAGAUCAUGAGAGAACGGAAAAAGCAAGCAAUGCAAAAGCCCAAGGUGUUCCUUACUCUAGAGGAUAUGGUUCCUUUCCGUCCUGUGCCUGGUGAGCCCCUUGAGCCUGAUGUGAUACCACCUCUGUUUGUCAUGGACCUUCAACAGUUGCUGCUGUAUGGGGCACAGGGAAACGUUGCCAGCUUUAAACCAAGAUGGUGUAAACUUCUGAGAGUAGCAAAAGUAUCAUCAAUUGUUGUUAUCCUUGUUGAUGGAAUAGGCUAUUCAGACUACUUGGAGAACACCCACUGCUUCCCUUACAUCUCAGCUUCAUUCCCGCAUCAUGCUGAAAUGGUUUGCCCCUUGCAAUACAACCAGACAGUGGACACAGAGCUCUACAAUGUCCCUCUUAGUGUGUCUCAGCUGAAGAAGACAAAUAAGAAAGUUCCCCAACGGAUCAGAAAGGUUGUUGGUAAUAAACUUGCCUUGCCUCCUGCUGAGAAGAAAACCGAUGUUCUGUCUCGCAAGUGCCUUUUACUGAGCACGUAUCAGAUGAUGCAGGAAAGCUACCCAUUGCCCAUUGUGACCCAGCGAGGUACCUACAGAGAUUUUGUCUUCUCCAAAGAGAAAUACAAGAAAGUAACUGAAAACAGCCCAUUGCUUGCUCUUGAUUGUGAAAUGUGUUUGACAACAGCCAGGAGGAAUGAACUGACCAGAGUUUCUAUUGUCUCAGAGACUGGGGAAGUUAUCUACGACUCACUUGUGAAACCAUACAGACAGAUUAUCAACUACUUGACCAGAUACAGUGGUAUUACAAAAGAGAUUCUUGACCCCGUCACCACCAGGAUAGAAGAUGUUCAAAGAGAUAUCAGAGAAAUUCUUCCUGCGGAUGCCAUUUUGUGUGGACAGUCUCUGAAUGGAGAUCUCAUUGCUCUCAAGAUGUUUCAUCCCUACGUGAUUGACACUAGUGUGAUAUUCAACAUGUCUGGUUCUAGAGGAGUGAAAGCUGGCCUCAGGAAGCUCACACAGUUUUUCUUGGGACGGUCCAUUCAAACCAGCAGCGAUGGUCAUUGCUCUGCUGAGGACGCCCUUGCAGCCCUAGAUUUGGUCAAGCUCAAGCUUUCCAAAGGUUUGGAAUUUGGAGAUGCCACUUUAAAUGGCAUCUACUUUCCUGACAUCAAGACUUAUUUCCUUGGUGAAGAGACUAAUACAGGAAGAGCUGAAAAUGUGGAAACUGACGAGAACAGUUCUCAAUCUAGUGCAGACAAAGACCUCAGUACAGCAGAUAACAGUGGGCAAGUUGCAUCAUCAGAACCUGUGAACCAGAAAGACAACGCUGCAACUUCAGAAAAAGCCCCAGCCACGGCUGCAGUGACAGCGCCGGAUAGCUCUGAGACUGCAUCAGAUUCAGAGGAUUCUGGCGACGAGGACGAUAGCGGGGACCGCACAUCGAACCAGGGGGAUGCAGCACCUCCUGCAAAGAAAGCCAAGGUGGAGGAAGAUUCUAACUCUACAUCGGAACCUAAUACAUCUGCCGGUCACUUUGACUCAACGUCAGAGUUUGUAGAGGAGCAGAAAAAGCUCCUGUUCUCACAGGGGGACAGUGUUCACGUCAACCACAGUUUUUUCCAACUGGUCUAUGAAGCAGGGAGGCCAGCAUGCUUGAUAGACCGAGAGGCUGUCGCAAGCAAGUACAGCAAAGAACCAGUGGAGACCAUCACUGUUUCUAGUGACACCGUGGCAAGAAAGACAGCCAAGAGGCGGGUAACGGACAAGGAGUUUCUGUGGGUGCGUUUUCAAGAGAUGCUGGAUGUUGGAGGAAAAGAGCAGCUUUCUCAGCAAAAGUGGCAGAAACAGAUGAGAAAACUGGACAACAGAGUAUCGAGUGUGAUGAGGCACGCAAAUCAAGAUACACUGGCUGUGGUAGUGAUGACCGGACGUCAAGAGGGUAGUCAAAUUCAGAACAUGGCAACCUUUUUGACCACUACUUGAUCCUGGAGACGAUUGUACCACCAUAGUUUUGUUUUCAUACAUCUAGGCUCUGAGAGUGGCUUGGCCCAUGACAGACUGCCUUUGUUACAGCACAUCUGACUUAAUUAAGCUACUUGGCUUAGCGCAGGUGUCGCAAUUGGUUAGAAUUAGCUAUUAGUCAGUCUGAAAAUUUAAUCUGAAACUGAAUCUUUAAAAGUUGUAUUUAAAUGAAUUUUGAAUUUUGCAUGAAUGAGAGAAGAAAAAAAUUUCUGUCACGCUUUUAUCUUUCUUUCUUGAGAGAACAUUCGUUUGCAUUUUCUUCAAGAUUUGAGCGUCAUCAUCAAUUGUGACUGGUUGCAAAAUGCGGGCAUUGGAUGCAUAUUCAGACUUGAGCGCACAGAUCCUUUGAACGUGUACUGAUCCAGAUUUUGCCUAUAUUGAAUAUUUGAUAUUUUCAGUUGUGAAAUUGAUAAUGCCGAAGGCAUCAGUUUGAGAUUAAAGCCGAGAAUGCAGGUUUUUUUCCAAGACCGCCCAUUUUUUCAAUAUCUUUGUAAUGUGUAAGGUAUGAUUAACUGAAAUUUAGAUUCUCAUGUAUAGCCCGUGCAGCAACAGCAUUGCUUUAUACAUGAUGUAGUAACAUAAUCAUUGCAGUUUGAUGACCCUUUAAAAAAAAAACCCAAUAAACUUGCAUUUGAAAAGAUUCAAAGUUGUAAAGAAUAGAGGUUUUUAAAAAUAAGUGAUUACAUGAUAAGUUCCUGGUAGGGGAGAUAUCAUGUUUCUAUACCUUUGUCUUGCUUUUCUUGUCAAAAUGAUUGUGAGGAUUUAUGUUACACAACUAUUGCAGCAAAUUUGUGAAUAAAUUUGUAUAAUAAUAUAUGA